AUGCAAUUAAGCCAUAUUUACUACUUUCUAAACUCGAGGAUAUUCUAUAAGCUUAAAAUCAGGAAUUCUAAAUUUUUAUUUCCUAUCUAUUUUAAAUAUCUUAACCAACCUGUAUAUUGGAAAAUCUUGAAAUAUAUUAAAAAAUUGAUGAUAAGAGCUAAUAAUCUAAGAUUUCCUAAGCAUGAAAAGACAAGAUUAUUGAUAGAAAAAUAA